ACAUUGGACUUGCUUGCUUAAAUCGCGGUGGUGUGUGUCGCUGGCAAGCUACCGCUGUGCUGUGUCGCUGGUGCUGCUGCGAAUACGACAACGACGACGACGACGACUUUACAUUGACUGGGCGCUUUUUCACGGGUCGCUGUCAAUUUGUGAAGGAAUUUUCAAGCCGGUCGCAUUGUAGCUUAGCCUACGUUUUGCUCCGCAUUCUCGUGGUAUCAGGAAUAAAGUGCCCUUCAAAAUGAACCGCCAGAGUUUGGUUUUGAGCGACGAACAGCGGGAAGAACUCUUCUCCAGCAUUCCAGCGCUCGCCAAGAAUGGCAUAGAUUUGUCGGAGCUGAAGGACGCAUUGGACUGCGUCGGUAUCAAAAUGGCGCAAUGGGAGAUUCGGAAACUCGCCGACGACUUGAAUCAACAGGGCAAAAUUAGGAGCGCAUCGAGAAUGUCUUAUGAGGAAUUCCAGCAGCUUUACACGGAUCUCCGUUCGAGAGAUGAGAGCGUUCACUUCAAGAAAGCCCUGCAGAAAAACGAAAAGGUCAAGACACUCGGGGGCUCAUCAAACGCAUCGUCUGAAGGCACAACACAUUCCGUUCGAUUCGACGAAGAGACCGCUUUUGCAACGUGGAUCAAUAGGGAACUCCUCGGAGAUGCUGACCUCAGACAAAUUCUACCGAUAAACGAGCAGGAUGGCUCUCUUUACGACAAGCUGAAAGACGGUAUCGUCUUAUGUAAAAUGAUAAACAAAUCAUGCCCGGAUACAAUCGACGAACGAGCAAUCAACAAGCAGAACCUAUCAGUGUACACAAAGCAUGAAAACCUUACAUUAGCGCUCAACUCGGCGCAGGCCAUAGGAUGCAACAUCAUCAAUAUCGACGCACACGACCUCAGCAAAGGCGCGAAACAUCUCGUUUUGGCGCUGCUCUGGCAGAUAAUCAAGAUCGGUCUAUUCAGUCAGAUCACCCUGCAGCAAUGUCCCGGUCUCAUUGCCCUUCUGAAGGACGGAGAGGAGGUCGCGGAUCUGAUCAAACUUUCACAAGACGACGUCCUGCUCCGUUGGGUCAACUACCAUCUGGAGCGCAGCCAGUGCAAUCGCAAGAUGACCAACUUCACCACCGACAUCAAAGAUUCCGAGAUCUACACAUAUCUGCUGCAGCAAAUCGCUCCACCGGGCGCCGGCGUGCACACACUGGCCAUGAUGGAGCCUGACCUCUUGAAACGAGCCGAGACCAUGCUCGAACAGGCCGAAAAACUUGGCUGUCGCUCGUUCCUUUCGCCGAAGAACGUCGUCAAUGGGAACCAUAAGCUUAACAUGGCGUUCGUUGCCAAUUUGUUCACUCAACACUCUAGCCUAGAAACUCCCACCGAGCCUAUCGAGUUGGAAGACAUGGAGGAAAGCCGCGAAGAGAAGACGUACCGAAACUGGAUGAACAGUAUGGGAGUAUCUCCUCACGUUCGAUCAGUCGGUCACGAUCUUGUCGACGGUCUCAUCAUUUUCCAGCUCUUCGACAUAAUCAAGCCCGGAAGCGUGAACUGGCAGCGAGUGCAUCGCAGCUUCAGCCGACUCAAGGGUUUCAUGGAAAAAUUGGAAAACUGCAACUACGCCGUCGAACUGGCUAUCAAGGAGUUCGACUUCAAGUUGGUCGGCAUUGCUGGCACAGAUAUCAACGACGGAAACACCACCCUGACAUUGGCCGUCGUUUGGCAGCUCAUGAGGGCCUACACCCUCAGUGUCCUGUCGACGUGCAAGGGUACAGGAAGUCCCGUCGUCGAGAAGGAAAUCUUGGAAUGGGCAAACGGCAAACUCGCAUCCGCCGGUAAAGACAGCCGGAUCAGUUCGUUCCAGGAUCAGGCAAUCGCCUGCUCGAGGCCCGUGCUCGAUCUUGUGGACGCUAUCAAUCCGGGAUCCAUCAAUUACGCCCAGGUGAAAUCUGGUACGAGCCAAGAAGAGAAGUUGGACAACGCGAAAUACGCCAUAUCAAUGGCACGUAAAGCCGGGGCGCGAAUCUAUGCUCUGCCCGAGGACAUUGCCGAGGUCAAGCAGAAAAUGGUUAUGACGGUGUUUGCCUGUCUUAUGGCUCGCGACUAUAAGCCCAACAUGGGCGUUAAAGAGUAAUGAGAGCAUUCUCUUCCCGACUAUUUAUCGAAGAGAAAUUGCAAGCGCCGCAGGUGUGGAAACAUUUCGCUGGAGAUAGUUUUCAUGCGUCAAGAUUCAAUUCUCGGUUGCGGACGUACACUUAAAUUUACAUCAUCUAAUGUUGUAUUAUUAUAAUUAUUCCUCUUUCCUCGUUGGUUUCGUGCUCAAGGAGAGAACUCGGAUACGGAAUUUCUACCUUAUACAAAUCCACAAGUUUUUCUACAUUCGUUUUCGCGAGGAACAAAUUGAAUAUCCAUUCCGGAUCAGCGACCGAGCUGCGAGUCCACCCAGAGCUGAGCCUGGUUGGACCUUGUGCUGACGCGUUGGCUAUUCCACUAUUGUAUUUCCAUUCCCGAAGCUUCAAUUUUUAUCGUGCGCGGAACACAAAUCAGAUCAUUCCUCUCCGAUAACGUUUCGAUCGGGGGGCUUCGAAAGGGCCGAUUCGCCAGUGGCCCUAAUCGAGUCCCGUGGAGCUCUUGGAACAUUAGAUACAGUGUUAGAUUAGCAGGGAAAUGAGGGAACAGGAGCCCUAAUAGGAACGAAGGUCGAGUUUUCCUGGAACGUGAACGUGGCCGCUCUCGGAGGCAGUUCACGCCAAGCCUGAAAUUCGCGGGCGAACUCUCCUGGCAAUCUUAGUGCGCGGGAGAGACAUUUCCAGAGACCGGCCAGAAAUGAGACCGGUGUGGAGCGCAAGUGUGUAAUAUAAUAUAUAUUUAAGUCGGUUAUUUUUGUAUCGAGUAUAUACUGAGUAAUAUCGUUCGAACUACAGAAUGUGAGGCUUGCUUUUGUGUGGAUGCUUGGUUUCGCUUGGAGGUGAAAGAUUCUAUAUGAAAGAAUCCUCUCUGCGUUCUCGCGCAGAAUCUAGGAAACGUUUUGGUAAGAAUAAAGACAGAUUGUUUGAGUUGUCGUUACCAUUCUCGAGCCCAUGACAGCCACAUGGGCUCUGUACAUUUCGCUCUCGACAAGCCUAAGGCGAAACCUUCGUUCGAGCUACUUACGAUUUCGUCAUGCAAUUUUCUUCCCACUUAUACCUUUCUAUGGUGAUCCAUAAUCCCCAUCAAGUAUACCAGUUACCGAUUAAGCAAGAUCAACAUCGAAUCCAUUCUUCUCCUCCGACCUCGCACCCAAGUCUCGUUCCGAAUGUCUCCUUGAGGGUUCUCCUCCUCGGACAGAAGAUUGAUGCUGAACGAACCGACAACAAACCUCCAUAACCAACCGCUUGUGUAGUGCCAAAGACCCCGGGGGUCAGGCUAAACAGAAAGAUAACGAGAGGAGAACCGGGCGUGCUCAAAGAAUGAUCAGGAAAACAUGCUAGAUGUAUGGUUUGUAGUUCGAUGAGAAUCGAUGGAAAUGUGGAACUUGGAAAAUAGAUAUUCGGAUCGCCCUCGCUCCGAUCUGACUCCAGAUGUCCGCUCGGAAGCUACCGGACCGGAGGUACGUUGCCUUCGAUCCAGAACCGUUGUUUGGGCGCCCACAGUUAAAAAAGUUCAAUAAACGACUUAACUGUCUA